GCACCGGCCCUCGCCCUUCUGCUCGGCGGGGCCGCAGGCGGCGGCACGGAGAGCCAGCCUUCCCUAUUGAAGGUCUUGAGACGGAAACAUCUUUUGAGUAUUCGCAGCUGAGGUGUCCAUACUUGCUGUGGUUCUUUGGAUUUGUUCUUUUCUUGAAAUGGCAGGACUAGGAAACAGCUGUCGUGGGAUGAAGUCUCCACCACUCCUCAUGGCUGCCCUCGUGGCGUGCCUAAUUGUUUUAGGUUUCAACUACUGGAUUGCAAGUUCUCGCAGCAUGGAUCUGCAGGGUCGAGUCUUGGAUCUGGAAGCCAAAGUCCGAAGGGCAGCAGCGGAGAGGGGUGCUGUGGAGCAAAAAAAGAAUGAAUUCCAAGGGGAGCUAGAGAAGCAACGACAGCAGAUUGACAAAAUCCAGUCCUUGCACAGCUUUCAGAUGGAAAAUGCCAACAGAGUACAUCAGGAAGAGAAGGCAGUGCUGAUGAAUAACAUCACAGUAAAUGAUCGACUGAUUCAGAGUCUUCGAGAACACUUGAAAGAGUUACAGAUGGAAUAUGGAAAGCUACAGCUUGAUGUUUACUGGUUUCAGAAGAACCAAACUAACCUUCAGAAGAAGUUCUCAUAUGACCUGUCACAGUGCAUCAACCAGAUGAAAGAAUUAAAAGAACAAUGUGAAGAAAGGAUAGAUGAGCUUAAAAAAAAGAAUAGUGAUGCACCACAAAUCAAAGAAAACAAAGACUUCACAAAAGAUAGCCAGGUCGAUACUCAACUGCCAGCCUUGAAGCAAACAGGGUUCAAGCAGGCUGACUUGGAACAGCAGAAAAACGGUGAAGAUGUUCCUAAAGCAGUACCUACACUAACAAAGACAGAUCUGAUGCAGGCUAAAGAAAGAACAGAGAGCCUAACUGACAUCAGAAAACAGGAGCCUAAGGCAGAAGAGGAGCAGCUUUCUAGUCAGUUGGAAAAACCUCAAGAGUCACUCAAGGCUGCUGCAGGUCACGAGGAGGUGCUGCCUGAGUCAGAGAAGGAACCAAGUCAACCUGAGAAUGAGAAACAUGUAGCUGGGCAAGAUAUGUUAGAGCCAGCAGCAGAGCAGGAUGCUGGUGAAGAAGUUGAGAGGGAACAGUUCCUAAAUUACGAUGAUAAGCAGGACUUGCCCCCUGGACAGGCUGACAAACAGGAACGUGAAGCAGUUAACCAGGACAAGGAUGUUGAUUACAAUUUAGAUGUGAAUGAAGCUGAAUCAGAAACAGACAAGCAAGCAGCACUUGCAGGGACUGAAAAUGUUCAAAACCCUGAAGAUACAAAGAACCACUUACCUGAUCGUGGUGAAGGACGACAGAAGUCGUGAAUAAAGGAAGUCCAUGAUGCAACUGAGUCACCUCUUCAUCCAAAUGCAGCAAUGAUCCAAGCAAAGUGAUCUCAGAAGGUUUUGAUUAUCUUCUAAAGGCAUGACUAAGGGCCCAAACAAAGUAGUAUUUUCUUGUGACAUUUUAGUACUGUUGCAGUGGGGAAAAGAGGUAAAUCUCUGGAGGCUUGUUUCAAAGGAGUUUGACCUGUGCAAUGACUCUCCUUCCUAUCAAUUAUAAAACUGCAAUAUAUAAUAAUAUAUAAUAAGGAAGCAAUAAAGGUAGUAACUUUUAAGUUGGCUAUCUUGUAUAGUCAUACUACAGUAAGCUGUGUGUGGAUUGGUGGUAAAUGAUGAGCAGUCCUCUGCCAAGGGUGGAUCUCUCCUCUGAGCAAUGCACAGUAGAGAAAGCCCCAGCUUAGUUUUAAGAAUUUAGGAAGGAGCUGUGUUAGCGUACCAAAACAGAGAAGUAUGAAAACCAGGCCAUGCUGCAAUCUACUCUUGUGCCUGUUCUGGCACCUUUUUACUGCAACACAGACUGAGAAAGCACAACUGUAAUCCUCAGAGACUAUGCAGAAUGAUAUAUGUGCCUGGGCCUCUAAAUUAAAUUCAUAGAUUACCUUCAAAGUUUUAAAAAAAAACCAAAAAGGAUCCUGACAAUAGCAGCUUCUUGUUAAAGAGAUUAGCAAGGACGAUUUUUCUGAAAGCUUUGUUGGAUU